AUGGCCCACCCAGGAGGGGCGCUGGCUGAGAUGCAGGUCGCAGCUGAGCCUGGUGAGAAGGCCUCCUCCAGGGGCCAGCCUGUCGGGAUCCCCUUGCUAGAGCAGGAACCCGAGGAGGCGCUGGGCCUGAACCAACUGCCAGCCGAGCUGCUCCUGAUGGUGCUGAGCCACGUGCCCCCCUACAUGCUGCUCAGGCACCGCCGCCAGGUGUGUAGGCGCUGGCGCGACCUGGUGGACUGCCAGGCCCUGUGGCUGAGCAUCCUGCCCUGGAAACACGCUGCCCUGUGGCCCAUCGUCAGCACCUGCCUGCCCGCCGACGACGACCUCAGGCCCUGCGUCCUGGGCCGCUGCUGCGAGCGCAGACCCAUAGGACGCAACCUCCUCCUGAACCCCAGGGUCCUAGAUGGCUUCCCAGAACAGCAUAUGCUGAGUGGUGGGGACGGCUGGACAAAGGAGGGAAAAUGUAAGGGCAGGCCUGCAGCUCCUUGUGAUGUCCACUUCCUACCUGCCUACUACCUACCUGGUCACAGGUGGUUUCAAAGGAGGGAAGUUUUGGACCUGGAAAAGGAGGGUUUCUGGCCAGAACUCCUGGAUAGUGGAAAGAUUGAGAUUUGUGUCUCUGCCUGCUAG